AGAAGGCAGUUUAUAAUCGAUUAGGCAAAAUGGCAAUUACUACAUCAUACUAUCAUGCUACUAUCAUACAUCAUACUAAGAGCUACCUGUGGAGAGACUCACCCCGAGUUAGAAGCUCCUGCUGAACCUUUGCAGAACCCUGAUGAGGAAAUAGACAAUUCUUUAGAUACAACAGAACUGAUGACUAAAGACUCAGAACUGGAGAGCCAUUUGGCUCGUCAUACGGAGCAGGAACUUUUUACUUGCAUAGAAAAUAUUACAUGACAUAGUUGUAUGAUUAAAAGAUGUACUAUGCAAUGUAGGUCUGUGCUACAUAGUGUCUUGUCUGCAUUUUAAAACCUGCGUGAGCCAGAAGGGAUUUGUGGACCAUCUGUAAGCAUCCAUAGGAGACAUAAAAAAAUUAUUCUAAUCUAUGCUUAUUUCUAUAAAGUUUAGAAAUUGAUAGCUCUUGAACAUGAAGUAAUGUAGCCUUGUAUCCCAUAGGUUCAUACUAUUUUGCCCACACUGCAAGCGACACUAUAGUGACAGUAACAGCUUCUGUUGUUGCUUCUUAAAAGUAAAAGUAAAGUAAAAUUUAACAGUGCAGUUAAAUGCAAUAAAUAUCAAAUUGUUACAGUCUCUCAUAAAAUAAACUUGACUUGUGUAGUAAACCUAGGGGCGGGACUACCCCGGGACUAACCAAUCAGACCAAAGAGGAAAGGGACGAAUACGGAAGUAGUAAAACCAAACAUGGCGUUGAAAGGGACCGAACCUCGCGAAUUUGUCCUAAAAGAAGGUGGUGAGGAGAUUGUAGUAUUACAGGUAAAUGUGGGAGCAGACGAGGCUGCUGACGUGAAUGACUUUUGUCGUUUCUGCCAUAAAAACAUGAGGAGAAAUGGCGUUAUAGGACACUCCGUGCUCAUUUUCUCACGGAAUAAACCCGAUUACAAGUCUGCUUCGGACAGACUGGAAGAUUUGGGAUUGACAAUAAAGCCGAGCAAAAAUAAAUCGACACGCAUGUGCAAAACUUGUUUACACACGAUUGACCGCCUGGAAAAAGCCAUGUGUGUUUUCCGCAGAUGGAAGGAAGAAGAGGAAAAGGAAAAGGAGGGCACAGACGAAACAGCAUCCACAAACUCCCCUGAACCCAGCGAUAAUAAAAGAGCCCGGUCCCCGUCUCCACCAGCGCCCCUCGCAUUCCCCAAGCCUCUCCCCAAGAAACCCCGCGCCAGCCCCCCUCAACAGGCAAGGCGAAGUGUCACACAGAUCAUUACUUCCUUUGCAAGCAGAACUAUUGUGAAAGCUGUUGCUGAUAGUGAAGCAGGGAUCAUCCAAAACAUUGCCAACCAAAACUGGACGACCGCUGCCAACCUGAUGUCCACCCACAAACAACUUUUCAAUGAGGUAAAAUCCAGGGUUCUGGUUUCCAUCCAUGAGGAAUGUAUGAGCUACUCAACCUCCAACAACAAAUGCAUCCUCUGGAAAAGUUCUCCCGACGACAUCAAGUCUUUUUCUUUUGACAAACUGAUUUCUGAACUCGAGCACAGGUCACCCUUUUUACUCUCCCUUUUUCAAACAAUCACCAACAAUAACAAUGAAGAUGCUGCAUGUGCUGCUCUCUGCAUAGCACUCAGAGGGAGGGAUCCCCGCUUGUCUGCUUUCUCCUAUUACAUCAACAAUAUAAUCGCACGUGGUGGAGGCAUAAAGAAGGCAGUUUUUAAUCGAUUAGGCAAAAUGGCAAUUACAACAACAUACUGUCAUGCCCUGACAAAACAAAAGGAGAUGAAGGGUGCUAUAAGAGCAGCCACCUGUGGAGAGACUCCCCCCAAAUUAGAAGUUUCUGCUGAACCUUUGCACAGUCCAAUUGAGGAAAUGGAUAAUUCUGCAGAUCCUGAAGAAUUGAGGACUAAAGACACAGAGUUGGAGAGCCUUGUUGAUGCAUGUAUGGAGAAGGAACAUUUUAAUUCUUGUCCAGAAAACAUUACAUGAUACAGUUAUGCAGUAAAAAACAUACUAUGCAAUGUAUAAUAUGCACUAUUUGCAACUCCAAUUAUUGUUUUUGUUGUAUAGCUCAUGUCUGAAAAAGUACAUAAAAGGAAAAUAUAUCAUUUAUCUUUAAUACUUGUGUGUACAAUGUGAAGAGCCUUUUUAUAGAUUUGGUUUAUGGUUUAUUAAUAAUAAUUAAACAAAAAAAAAAUGAUAUUGUUAAUUACCAUACUGGCUUGUCAAAGCCUGAUCUUACCUGAUCUCAGAAGCUAAGCAAGGACAGGCCAGGAUACCACGUGCCACAAUUGGGUGGCAGUGGCAAAAUAGUUGUUGUGUCCUUAGACAAGACACUUCACCCACAUUUUCUAGUAUGCAUGUGGUGUGUGAGUGUGUUGGUGGUGGUGGUGAAUUUUAUUUAUUAUUUGAUUCGUUAUUGGAAAGAGUACUGAAAAUUUGUAUUCAAGUAAAAGUACAGUUACUUGGCUAAUAAUGUACUCAGUUAUUUACAGUAUGCAAUAUCCUCUAUGAUUUAGAAUAGAAUUAUACUUCUAUAAGCACCUACAGGUUUAAAAAUCUACUCAAAAAAUGCAAUACCCCCAAAAUCUACUCAACUAUAGUAUUUGUAAUUACCAUCCCUAGUUGACAGAAAUGGUAUAAGACCUUUAUGACCUUUCUACUAUUACGUCAACUUAGAAAUGAUCAAAAAAUAGGAAUUGAUUUAAGAAAGAGUUAAAUUGAUAAAGUGAGUUUUUUUCUCUUUUUUUAUUUUUUAAGGAGUCUUUAAAUUAAAGAUGGAAAAAAAUUAAUUGUUUCACACUCACAAUAAGUAAUUCUAUGUUAUGCUCUUAUCAGUAAUAAAACAUAAAUGCAUUGUGAGGCGGGUCACUCGGGGACUAAACUAAUCAAGUGGCGGACAUGACGUUUGCGGAAGUAAACAAGCGUAAAAACAACAAAAAAAAAACGCCAUGGCGUUCAGUGACAGAAAUGCUGUUCGCCAAUUUACCAUCACAGAAGACGGGGAAGAAUUUGUAGUGUUACAGAUAAACGUUGGAGUAGACGAGACACGCGCUGUGAAUGACUCGUGUCGCCUUUGCUCUAAAAAUCUGAGGAUAAAUGGCGUUCUUCAACACACAGUGCUGCUUUUCGAACGGAGUAAGUUACAGCAGAAAUCUAUGGCGGACAGAUUGGCUGAUUUGGGAUUGAGUUUAAAACCAAGUAAGACUAAAUCGACACGUAUGUGUAGAUCAUGUUCACAAGUUGUCACACGUUUGGAAAAUGACUUGGCCGCCUUUCGCAAGUGGAAGGAAGAAGAAGAAAAGAUCGACAGAGACGAAACAAACUCACCUGAAUCUAGUGAGAAAAGAGCCCGUUCCCCAUCUCCACCCGCACUGUCCAAGCCUCUAGCCAAGAAGCUCCGAACUAACCCUCUGGUCUGCCAGCACACGAGGAAAAGUGUCACACAGGUAACCUGAAGUGUGAGGCUGCUUUUUAUUUGUUAUGGGUAAAUAUGAGACAUUCGUGUUAUUGCAAAACCCUUCCCAGGUCAUUACCACAUAUCUAAACGGCAGAUCAGAGGUCAGAAUUCCUUCUGAAAGUGAAGCAGGAAUCAUCCAUGGAUCUGUUAAAAUAACCAUCAAUCAUGCAAUCAUGGAUACAUCCAAAACAUCACCAACCAAAACUUGAGGACUGUGUCAACUUGCUUUCCACCCAUAAAAACCUUGUCAACGAGGAAAAACUAAAGAUUCUCGUUGAUGUUAAUGAUAAGAGUCAGAGGCUGUCAAAUCCCUACAACAAAAGCAUGCUGUACAAAACUACUCCAGCCAACCUCAGGUCGUUUUCUAUCGACAACCUGAUUUCUGAACUGGAGCACAGAUCACCUUUGCUGUGAUGAAGCUGCUUGUUCUGCACUUUGUAUUGCACUCAGAGGUUUGUCCACAUCGGGCUUUCACAUCAACAGCAUUACUGCACGCGAAGCUAUGAAGAAGGCUGUAUUUAACAGGCUCAGCCAAAUGGGAAUCACAACAUCGCACACAGCCAGGCUUUGGUAAAGCUAAAGGAGAUGAAGGGCACUUAAAAAAGGGGUCACCCAUGGAGUCACUUCCCCUGAGUUAGAAGUUCUCACUGAAACUUUGCAGAAACCUGACGAAGAAAUGAAGAAUUGCAGAUCCCGAAGAACUGAGGACUAAAAACCCAGAUUUAAAGAGCCGUUUGGAUUCUUCUAUGGAGCAAGAACUUUCUACUUACUCAGAAUAUAUUACAUGACAGUUACAACAUAAAAAUAUAUUAAUAUAUUUGCAUUCAGUAAAGUUACUACAAUAUCACAUUGUCUAGUAUGAAAGAGGCUAAUACAUUGUUAUAUAAAUGGGAAUUUGUUUUCAAGCUAUGUGAUCCUACAAAACUCAAUUUGCACUUGGACAACAAAUUCUUAAAAUAAGUAUAUUACCAGUGUGGCACAUUCCUAGAUAAAUAUAUAUGUUGCACAUUAAGGAAUGUACAGUAUAUAUUCAUAUUUCUUUGUCCACAAUCCAAGUGUACUUUUUGAUAACCACAGAACUCACAUCUGGGCAAACUGGCCAGUCCUAUUAACUACUGGUGUAAUAAAAAUAUAAUUUUCAGCCCCAUAGUUCAUCUAGCCAGUUUACUAGUUAGUGGGAGAUGACUGCAAAUUUCAUUUCUACUUAAAGUCAUUCAGUGCACCUAACGUAAUCAUUUCAAUUAAAAGUUGUUAAACUGCCAAGAAGAAUGUAAAAUUGGGAUUAGGUUUCAUUCAUGUCAGUAUAGAAAUUGACGUUGAAUUUGUAGAACCUACCCUUUUAAUCUUUUCUCAUGGAUUGGGUAUGGCUAAAAUAUCAACAACAGAGUCCCCUUUCAGUAGUCACGUCUCACUGACUUGGUGAAACUCUAGAAAAUAUUAUUCCUGAGGUGAUUUGAAGCUGGUUUUUUCUUUAAAGUUUUACAAUUUGACUGACUUUGACUUUGUCAGGUCAAAUCAUUAUCCUCUUUAAGGUCCUGUUCUACACAAUUCUAUAUUAUUUUAUGCUGUCUGUUUUGUGAGGUUUGUGAUGUCUGAGACAAGAGCACUUGAAACACAAAAAAACAUCAGAGACACUGAGAGGACCAAAUGCCAUACUUUGUUUGGUUAAAUAAAUAAUAAAUGUAAAAGUCCAA